AUGCGACAAGUAGCAUCUAAGGGAUAUUAUUCGGUCGUGGCGCACAAUGAGAACCGAGCUCGCCCCAUCGCCUCGUGCUCGCAGUACGGUGGAUGUGUGGCAACUAUCUUGAACUCAGUUGCCCACCGUGCAAAAUCUUUUGGUCGGGACCCCACUAAAUUGGGCAGGUGGGCAUAUGUACGCGUCCAAGGCAAGCAGUUUGCAAGGCCAACAUCAGACGAUCAAGUUUGCGAAGCUUCCGAUGCUUCAAGGAGUCGGUUCUCUAGGGAUUUGGUUGUGGUGUCUGCGUACCGACCGAACCCUCCGGGGACUGGGGAGUCUACAGUGUGGGCACAACACCGGAGUUUCUUUCGCUCCCAAGGUCGACUGCGUGAACCAAGGGAGGCCUUUAUGGUGGACCUACUUCGAGCCAUCACCCAGUGGCGCGAUGAAGGAUGUGAAGUAAUUUUGGGGGUCGACGCCAAUGAGGACAUCAGCUCCACUAAGUCCUCUUCUUUUCGACAACGUCUUCGCGAUGUUGGUAUGGAGGAAGCUAUCCUCCAACGAUACCCUGGUCGAACGGUUGCCACUCAGCACCGGAACAAACGGGGCACACCGAUCGACGGCAUUUUCACGACCUCUGGGGUGGCUGUACAGGCUGGAGGCUACUACAACUUUGAUGAGUUUUUCUCGUGCGACCAUCGUGGCCUUUGGAUUGAUAUCGAUCUGGAGAAAUCUUUGGGCGGUUACAAACCACAGAAGACCCCGUACAAACCCCGCAAACUUACUAUGUUGGAUACUACAGCAGUCCGCCGUUACCUGCAACUUGUUCACAAGGGCUACGAGGAAUACUCCAUCCCAUCUCGCUUGGCGUCCCUACAUCACCAACUACAACUAAAUGAAGGGACCAUGACAGCAACAAUGGGUCGUCAUUAUAACUGCCUGCACCAUCAGAUGUAUGUUGUCAGGCGAAAGGCGGAGGACAAAUGUAGACGGGUCACUAAUGGAUUGGUGCCCUGGUCUCCCAAGAUGCAACAGUUUUGGGAUCGUCAAUCCUUGUGGAAGAUCCUUUUGAAGGGGAGGAAGGGUUGCCGGGUGAGUUCGCGUAAAAUCCGCAGACUGAUGAAGAAGGUUGGGAUACCGGACGCGUGGACAAAGACGACAACGGAAUUGGAGGCCGCCCUCUGUCAGGACCGGAAGGACUACCUUGAGGCUAAGACUCAUUAUGCUGCAAAGUGGCGAAAGGACUUUUUGACGGUGCAGGCGGCGAAGUCCAAAAAGAAACAAUGGCGGUCGCGAAAGGCCAGAGACCGUUUCCUGCGGUUACGGCGGAUGAAGCAACGGGAGGAGGCGAGACGCCGACGCCGCGCUCAGGGAAAAGGAUCUACUGGGGGGUUACACGCGAUCCAAGUCGAAGAAAGGCUGCCUUCAGGCGAAGUGGGCUUGCGGACUGUCUCCGAAAGGAGUCAAGUGGAACAGGGGUGCAUGCAGGAGAAUUGUGCACGGUAUGAUCAGACCAGAUCGCCUCAUAUGACCCCUCCAAUGGAUGCUCCAUUGUACCAAAUGUUUAAUGGCCAUGACGCGG